GUAAUAUCAUGGAAAAUAUCCUUGGCUUGAUGUCCAAAGAUGAUUGGAUAUACACCGGAUUGUUGCUUUUCUCUUUUGGAGCAUCUUGUUAUGUACGGAAAAUUGGAAAUAAUAUAUUGGCAUCUGGAGCACUCGGAUUUGCUAUGUCUCUUUUUAUUAUUGGUCCAAAAAUUGUAUAUUCACUGGGAAUUUGUUCGAUUGCGAUUUCGAUUCAACUGUUGGCUAACAAAAAGAGCACACCACUCUACGUUUUCCUCACAACAUUCACUUAUCUGAUGUUUGUUCGAUUUGCGCAUUACAUUUUGCCUGUCAACGAAGUCGCCAGCCACACCAAUGUCAUUCAACUGAUUAUUACUUUAAGAAUAAUUGGCAUCACCUUUGAAGAAAAUGACGCGUGGGUUCACAAAAGCGAUGAGAAUCCGACGAAAAGAUACUUAACAGAGCUUCCUACUAUUUUGGAGAAGUUUGCCUACUUUUAUCAUUUUUGCGGACUUUUCACGGGACCAUACUACACAUAUCAAAUGCUUAUUGAUUCUCAAAACCCAAUUCUAAAAUCAUGGGAUCCCACACUGGAAGUGAAGUCUAGAUUUGUUCGUCUCCUCUGGUCGGUUCCAGUUUUUGUGAUCACGAACCACUAUUUCCCACUUGAUAUACUUCGAUCGGAUGCAAUCUGGGAGGUCUCAUUCUUUACUCGACUCGUCUACGCUGCUCUAAUUUUUGUUGUGUUUAAAACAAGAGUAUACAGUGCCUGGGCAAUUGCGGAGUCGAUUUGUGUUAUUCUCGGAAUCGGAAUUUACCCAGCUGCUUCAAAUCCAAAAAUCAUCAUGGGACCAACGGAUUUGAAUGCUUUCGAUAAGCUGAAAACAAGAGAAAACAUUGAAAUGAGCAGUGACGCAAUUGUUAAUUUAGAUAUUCCAAAAGUUGAGUUUUCUGAUGGAUUCCGCGAUGGAAUGAAAGCUUGGAACAGAUCGGUUCAAACGUGGCUGGCUCUUUAUGUGCAUUCGCGCGUUAAAGUGAUGAGAGUGGAGACAACUAUGCUAGUAUCUGCUGUCUGGCACGGAACAUAUGCUGGAUACUUCAUGUCAUUUGGAGUUGUCGCCAUGUGUGCUAUCUUAGAAGACGUGAUUUUCAAGUUGGUCCCUGUUGAUACAGAAACAGGAGUUCGUCCAAAGUGGUUCCGCAUUUUAUAUACGCAUACAAUUCGCUGUCGUGGAUUUGAGAUGCUCGCCACUGGCUUUUUGCUAAAAAAUGCAUACGACGUUCAUCAUUUCUGGUCUUCAAUCUAUUACUGGUUACCUCUUCUCUGCAUUCCGUUCUACAUUUACAGUGCUAAAAUCUCAAAGCCGAAAAAAGCUCAAAAAUCGGAAUAGACUCCAAUUGUUCUCUAGUUCAAAAUAGUAUGUAUUGUUGAUUGUUGAUUCUCAAGCUAAAUUAUUUUCGCCCUUUGCAUCUAGUCAAGUGACCGUUCACCCAAUAUUUGUUGUUAUACCCAUUCCGUUCCUAUUCUUGUGAAAUGAAUAUGGUCUCG